AUGGGUUGGGUCUCAUCGCUACUCAACAUUGUCCCCAAAAUAUCUCUGGUAUGCUUAGCACUUUCAGCCACGGAUGUUGCUCGUGCGGCUAUCCAAGUCCUCAGCAAUACGACACUAGGCCCUGAUCCACAGACUGUCAAUAGGCUCAACGGAGAGUCUUUUCAACAGGAAGCUCUGGUAACUUUCAAUGGGUAUCAAUAUGCCGCGUUCUGGUUAGCGGAUACAUCGAAUAGUUCUGUCCGACAUCCAUCCGUCUCUCGACGAGACCUGUCCGCGGAUCCAUCUUCGCCCGGAGAGUGGGACACUUUCACUUUCAUGGACUACAACCAGACCGAAGAUGAUGGGCACGAUAUAAUGGUGAUUGGCGUGGCGCCGGCGGAUGGCACCGUCCAUCUGAGCUUCGACCACCACGAUAACGAGCUGAAAUACCGAGUCUCCCAGCCUGGUGUGGCCUCGAGUCCCAACUCAACAAAUACCACAUGGUCUGCGGAUCUUUUCGGACCUAUCGUCAAUAUUCUUCCAGGGCUCGAGUCCCUCAACGAAACUGAAUUCUUCGGCGACGUGACCUAUCCUCGCUUUCUGUUCUCUUCCCCAGAUCCUACAAAUUCGAGCUUCAUCCUGGAGUUGAGGAUCGGAAGGUCGGGACUCGGAGAUGACUGGCUGUACGAGUACAACGCGGAAAAUCAGUCGUGGACGAUGAUAGGCAAAUAUCUGGAGAUGAUUAUUGCAGACAACGCUUAUAUCAACGGUAUCGACUUUGAUAACUCUGGAAACCUGGUCACUACCUGGACUUACCGAGACUACGUGAACGACACCGGCCAGGACGUCGCCGUUCAAGCCGGUCCAAAUGGUCCUGAAAACAAUCACGACCUCAUGUACGCUCAAUCGCCCGACCUCGGUCGCACCUGGUUCAACACUUGGGGACAGCCCGUGGCCAAUCUCUCCGCCGACCUCUCCCUCGACAACCAAACGCCUAUAUUGCCUACUUCUGCUGGUGUCACCGUAUUCAGCAUUCCAAAAUACGGGGGCAUCCUGAACCAAGAAGCCCAAACGAUCGACGAGGAAGGCAGGAUACAUGUGCUGAACAGGGAAAACGGGACUGGAUACGAGCAAUGGUGA